CUUAUGCGGCCCUAUAUAAGCACCCGUUUUCUUCUUAUCCGUCGACUCCUUUUCGUUUUUGCGUGACCUCGAAGCAUCCAAAGCAUUGAAAUACCCUCCUUCAAUUUCCCGAUUCCAACAAGUGAUUUCAAAAAACCCUAACCCUAUCUCCAGUUUCAACCACGUCUUGAGUUCGUUUCGCUUUUCUUUUCGUAGGUCGUUGCUAAUUCUCUCUUUUCUUAAUCGAUGGCGGCUAAACCUCUUACGAGUGAAGCAAUCGCCCUCACAGAAAAGAAAAUGGACAUGACAUUGGAUGAUAUCAUUAAAAUGUCAAAAAAUACUUCACAUAAAUCUAAGAAACAGCGAAGGAUACCGAAUAAAAUCCAGAGACCUGUGAGUAAUGCUGCUAAAGAUAAGGCCUUGAAGGUACGACAGUACAUGGACUCGCGGGCCUCUGUUAGACAGGGGGUUCUAGCUCAAAGAAGGUCUAAUUUCCAGGGGAACCGGUUUCCUUUUGCGGCUGAGGCUGCACGUAGGGCUGCAGUUGCUCCAAUACGCAAUAGAGCAUUUAAUACUAGCAGGGUGGGUAAUUUGAACAAGCCAAGGGUUGGAAGACCACCUGUCCAAAGGAGGGCUGCAAAUGGCGGUUUUACUGCAAAGCCACAGCAGCAGCUACAACAACAACAACUACAGCAAGACCAACAAGAGAACAUAGUAACAAAACAAAGGCCUAAAACAUUGGAUUCCCUCUUUGCCAAUAUGAAAGAAGAGCGAUUGAGGGUAUUGUCACAUCAGAACAAUGGUGUACAACCUAAUGGCCGUGGCCGACAAAGAAUGCCCUGGGGAAGAGGCCGUUUUGGCAACUGAUGUAUGAGAUAUUACGAGUGUCAUAUGAUAGGUUGUUUGUUGCCCUUGGUUUUCUCUUUUCAUGUCUGCAUGCCAAUGGGGAUAUUGUAAACCAAAGGAUUGCUGCAUCUUGUUUUCUUUGACUUGCGCUAUCAACUUGUCAGUCAAGACUGUUUUUCUUAUAUAUGUUGGGAAAUGUGGGAAUUCAGUAUGUUCAACUGAAACUAGGAGGCAUGUUGUAUGGUAGCUAUAUUUCACUUGCUAGCAAUAUACCAUUGGAUUUGUUACAUAA